AUGUCUCUCCCCCAGCCCGUUCCCCCCUCCUGGAAGGACCUCGGCAAGUCGUCCAACGACCUUCUCGGCAAGGACUACCACUUCCAGGGCGCCUCGCUCGAGGUAAAGACCCAGACGCCCUCCGCCGUCGCCUUCAAAGUGCAGGGCACGCGCGACUCCAAGUCCGAGCUCAUCGCGGGCGACAUCGAGGGCAAGUGGACCGACAAGGUCCACGGGCUCACGCUCACGCAGACCUGGACGACGGCGAAUAUAUUGAAGAACCAGAUCGAGGUGGAGAACCUCCUUGCGAAGGGGUUGAAGCUGGACUUGGCGACGUCGCUCUCGCCGGAGAAGGGCGCGAAGACGGCGGUGGUGAAUACGGUGUAUAAGCAGAGCGGGCUGCAUACGAGGGCUGCUCUGGAUGUGUUCAAGGGCCCGACUUUCACUGCUGAUGCUGUCCUGGGACGCGACGGUUUCCUCGUCGGCGCCGAGGCCGCAUACAACGUCACCGGGGGCAACAUCACCCGCUACGCCGCGGCCGUGGGGUACAACGCCCCCGAGUACGCCGUCACCCUGCACGCAUUGAACAACCUCAACACCUUCAGCGCGAGCUACUACCACCGCGUCAGCCGCGACGUCGAGGCUGGUGCCAAGGCCGUGUACGACUCCAAAUCCACCCACGGCGGCGUCGCUCUCGAGGUCGGCACCAAGACCUACCUCGACGCGUCGGCCUUUGUUAAGGCGAAGAUCAAUAACUCGGGUGUUAUCGCCCUUGGGUACACUCAGGCUUUGCGCCCUGGUGUCAAGGCUUCCUUUGGACUUGCUCUUGACACCCAAAAGUUGAACGAUGCCAACCCCGUUGGGCCCUCCCACAAGGUUGGUGUCCAAUUCGUCUUCGACUCAUGA